CCGCACUGCUUUCUACAUUUUCAUAUGUACGCGUGUGCGUAUGUAACUAUGAAAAAAUAAAAAAAAUAAUGAAACUUUUAUUUCCAAGGAAAAACAAAAGCAAGAUUUAGAGAACAACAAGGAAAUAAAAUGCAAUUUUGAUUUCAUUUGUUAUACCGUUGCUUAUGUUUUUAAUAAUUUUUUGGGUUAAAGUAUUUAUAUUAUCGCUCAGUAAAACAUGCAGUUUUUAUAUCCAACGUGAAGAAGAUGGCGAUACUAUUACAGGAAAACUAGAUUACUGUUCAGGUUUAACAUUUUGUCAAUGUAUUAACAGCACGUUUCUGGAUUAUGUAUCAGAGAUUAAAUGUGGAAACAAACUAAAAGGGUGUAAUCUAUUAGUUGAAGGAAAUCCAAUAGGAAUAUACACGCUAUCGGGGAUGCCCUCUUACAAUUUGACGCUCAUUACAGGAACUGAUGAUGCUGUAUGCUUGUCUGAACCAACCCUAGCACCAAUUUUUUACCAGGACUUCCAAAAUGGAAUGAUUUGGAAUCCAUCUUUUUCCGAUCAACUUCAAAAAAUAUUUUUUGCAUCAAUUAAAGACUUUUCAAAGAUUGAGCUAAAGGUUGCAAAUCAUCUAGAAGGAUUGUUUCUGAAAAUAUUUAUUGAUUGUGACAACAAACAACAGUGCAUAACUAUAAAGUUUGAAGGUUUACAAGAAUAUCCAUUGAAUCCAGAUUCACUUGCAGAUUUAGUGGAACCCACUACUACAUUAUCACCUGUGACGGAAACAACAAAAAUAAUUAAGUCAACUAUGCAAACUACUUUUAAAACAUCUUUUUCAACUUUAAUUUCAUCCUUUCCAGAACUUAAUUCUACACUAGCUACAAUGCCAACAACAUCAAUUUUAGUACCAAAUACAACUAAAAUGCCCUCAAGAAAUGAUGCAAUCAGCUUAGAACAAAAUUAUGUCGUUGAAAUUGUCAUAGGUGUGGCUGUAUUUCUACUGCUACUGGUAUUUCUUCUCAUUUGCGUUCUUUCUUAUAAAAGAAGAAGAAGAAAGUCUAUUUUUAAAGUUUCGGAAACUGCUCCUGUAGCAAUACAAAAUAACUUAGCUUCAGUUAUACAAAUGGAAAGCAAUUCUCUUAGUACAACGCCUUCGAAGUUAAACAACAUUAAAGUGAAGUCUUUGUGUGACGAAUAUCACAGUCAUUCAUUAAGCAAAUCAAAAAACAUACUGGCAGAUGAAUCUACGAAAUCUGAAUCUUUGCUGCAAUCGCAUAUUAAUCCACUUUUUAAACCUAAUGUUACUGAAAAAAAACGUUUAAGAUCUGUCUCGUUUUCUUCGCCAUUGGAGCGGUCUUCUCGUGCAAGCCAUCUAAGCAUUUCAUUGGGUGAGCCUUUAGACAACGUAACAAUAAAUGAAGAUGUUCAAUCCGUGUUUAAUGAAAACAUUGAAUUUUAUGAAGGUGCAACAUUUCAUUAUAAUGAAAAUUCAGGAGUCUAAAAAGAAAUAUAAAAAAAAGGGAAAAGAAAAAGAAAUAGCAACAAUUAAACAGCUUUUUUUUUCCCAAAAUGUUUAAUAUAUUUGUUAAAGAUAUAAAGGUUAUUAAAUACAUACCUUUUAACUAAA